AUGGAAUCUCAAACAAGAACAAACUUAGUGACUCCAUUGAACCCCAGUCAUAUUCCCUCGUUUCAACAAUAUUCAAUUCUUGAUAAAUUUGAAAAACAAUUUCAAGAAGAUGUUCAAAUAGAAGAGCAAAUUCUUAGUCAAGCUUAUCACCAACCAGACUUUGAGCAACAAAAGCUGAAAGAAACUCAUGGAACUUUACAUAAUAAUAAUAGUAAAUUACCAUUAAUUGUUGAUGUUGCUCUUGAUCCAAAUGGUAAUCAAUUAUAUCAAAUACAUGAAUCUUCAAAUUCUACUAGAAAAGAAAUGCCAAAAUCAACUAAUUUUUCUGAAAAUCCUGAAUUACAUAGUGAAUUAACCGUUUCUAUUGAGGAAGAUCAGAAGCAACCCAAAAUAGAUUCGAAUUCUACUACUCAUAAUGAACGCAUCGACAACCAAAAUCCAUCUGACUUUGUUGAAAACAUUUGGUCAAACGAUGUUGAAGAAGCUUUUAAAGAAGCAUUAAAUAUAAUCCCAAAAAAUGGUCUCACAAAGAUUAAAAUAGCAGGAAGAUCAUGCGGUAGGAAUGAAUUAAUUUCAGAUUAUAUUAAAUGUAGAACAGGUAAAUCAAGAACUAGAAAACAAGUUUCUUCUCAUAUUCAAGUUAUUAAGAAUCUCCAAGAAGAUUUUGAAAUUAUAAAUUUAAUAAAUAAUGGUCCCGUGGCAUCAAAUAAAUCUGAAGAAGAGAAGAUUAGUAAGAAUUUUGAAGAAAUUUUCCAUAAAAUUAAUUUAAAUAAAUCCUUAGGUGGAAUUAAGAAAACUUCCGAUAUAAACAAAUCCAUAACAAGAGAUGAAAAGGAAAAUGAAAAUUUCAAGAGUCCAAACUCCAAAUUGAAUAAAUCAUUGAUCAACACAACUUCAAAUAAAUCAAGGAAAAGAAAAAUGAUAACUUUAGAAACUGAUUCAAGAAAAGAAUUGAAAAUCAAAACUCAACAAAUUAAAGAACAAAUGUCAUUACCUUUUAAAUUCACAAAGUUUUUCAUGUCUAUAAACAAUCAAUGGGAAAAUGAUUCAAUUAUUCUAUCAAUUCAACGUAAUAAUGAUAAAGUUUCAAAAGUCAAAUUGAAUGAAAAAGCAAAUAUUUCUAAAAGAUUUCCUGGAUUAGACUUGUUCAAAAAUUGUUCACAUAUUACAAUUUUACAUAAUUUGGUCAAUCUUAUAUUACCAAGUGACGCUUUGUCAACUAUUGAAAAUAUUCAAUCUGGAUUUAAAUCUAAUUAUAUGAUUCAAUUAGAUAAUAAUAAUGAAUUAUCAAAUAUAACUUUUAAAUCCUAUACUCUUGUUUAUUCAUAUGGGAUUGAAAUAUUCAAAUUUGAAGAACUGAAUUUAAAAUUAAAUCAAGAUAGAGAAUUUAUGCCUCAAUUUUGGAAAAUGUAUUUAAGUAAAUUUUAUAAUAAAUCAGAAAUUGAAAUUAUUAAUGCUAUUAAAGGUUUAACAAUUAAACAAAUCAUAUAUAGUUCAGACAAUAUUGAAUCAGAUACAAAUGAUUUACAUCAAAGACUUUCAAAAUCAGAUAUAAAAUUAUUAGUAUUAUGGGAAUUUAUUAAAGUAUCUAAUCUGAAUGAUGCAAUUACAAAUACAACUCAAAUGAUUUUAUCUCAACAAAAGACGUUGAAGAGCGGAAGCAAAAAGUCUAACCCUAUAACUACAUCCAGUGAUAAUGUCAUUGCUCAAAUGAUUGAAUAUGAGGAAAAUAUUUUGAUAGAUCAUACAAAUAACUCGAAAGUACAAUCUCCUAAGAAUGAUUCAAAUAUUCCAGAGAUGAACAAUUUGAUGAACACGGUUUCAAUCAGCUCUGCAGCCAAUACCAGAAAUUGGAACGUUUUACCAUCAUCUAAUGCAAAUACUACUACAUCAUAUAAUAGUAUCAAUUUGAAUUUUGAAGAAUCUUCAAACAGUUACAACGUUAAUUCAUUUAAUUCUUUCAACAGUAAUGAUUAUUCUUAUUAUAAUGAUCAAAUGAUAGUUCCAAUUUCAAUUAAUGAUCAAUCAUUUAAUCGACAAGAUAAUUCUUUGAAUGAAAUAUUCCCAUCUAAUAUUUCAAAUACAGAUAUCUCAUCAAAAUCAAAAUAUUUUACAUCCAUUUCAAACAAUUUUGAUUAUAAUUCAAAUCUACAACCGCAGCAAGAUUCACAAUACUAUUACCAGCUUCAAAAUCAACAUCAGCAAUCACAGCAACAGCAGCAACAACAACAACAACAACAACAACAACAGCAACAUCUUCAUCAACUGCCCCAACAAUCUCAACUGUUGCAAUUCCAUAAUCAAGACUAUAAUAAUUCAGGUAUGCCUAUGUAUUUAUAA